CUUACUCUCGCACACGGUCGGUCACACACUCAUUCGGUGCUACGCAUAAGUAGGUAUCCAUCACUCUAGAAACCUCUUCCUCUCUAAAAUCCGUUCAGAUCAAUCCCUCCGUGUGUUGACCAAAUGCAUCCCCAACAGCAGCAGCAGCAAGACUCCUCCUUUGACCCCGACCCUCAGCUCCCAUCCAUCAAAAUCCACCACCCUGCCUCCCCUCGCCACCCCUCCGCGUCAGUGGCCACUCCCACCCCCACCGCCGGGGCCCGCCGCAAGAUCGGCGUGGCCGUCGAUCUCUCCGAUGAGUCCGCCUACGCUGUCCGUUGGGCCGUCCACCACUACAUCCGCCCCGGUGACGCUGUCAUCCUCCUCCAUGUAAGCCCCACCUCCAUCCUCUUCGGUGCUGACUGGGGCUCUGUCGACCUCGCCAUAUCCUCCACCGAAGUUGUUGACGAGGACGGCACCACCACCCCCACCACCACCGCCACCAAAGCGUCCGAGCAAAAGCUGGAGGACGAUUUCGACGCUUUCACGGCAUCGAAAGCCGCGGAUCUAGCAAGGCCGUUGCGUGAGGCGCAGAUCCCGUACAAGAUCCACAUCGUGAAGGACCACGAUAUGAGGGAGAGGCUGUGUCUGGAGGUCGAGAGGCUGGGCCUCAACGCCGUCAUCAUGGGGAGCAGGGGAUUUGGUGCGGCGCGACGCGGCAGCGACGGUAAGCUCGGCAGCGUCAGCGAUUACUGCGUCCACCACUGUGUCUGUCCCGUCGUCGUCGUGCGAUAUCCGGACGACGGCGAUGGUGGCGUGCAAGCCGUGGUUGACGCUAAGGUAGAGGAUGGGGAGGGGGAGAAGAACGAUCGGAAAGAUGUUUAGCAGGAGAAUGGAGUGGCAUGAUCCUCUUGCAGAUGCCAGCCUCUUGUGGUUAUAUAUCUCAACUAAAAUUUGUGUUGCAGACAGCAUUGAAGGAAUCUGAUCAGAGGCCAGGAUCAGGUGAUGCGCUGUAGAGUUGAUGUAUGUUCUUUGUUGCUAAGCCUUUGCUGAAAAAAGGUGGAUUGCAGAAUGCUUUUUCUCUAUCUCUCGUGUCAAAAGAUUCUCUCCUGUAUGAACUUUGGGUGGAUUGGGAAUGAUAUCUGUAUGGUUGAGAUUUAUUGGAUGCUUUUAUGUGUUUUUAUUUUAUUUUUUAAAAAGAGUUAUUACUGAA